AAGCGGAGUAAGUGUUUUUCUGCUAGGGAGCAAAGAACCCUUUGGGAGGGAAGUUGAUGCUGGAUGGGGGAGGGAGAACCCCGGCCGCUCUUUCCCCCACCUCCCGUGCCCAAAAGGCGGGGCUAGACCGGGGUCGUUGGAGAAGCGGCCCUGGCCCCGACCUUUGGGGGCGAGAAGGGUCAGCAGGAGGGAGUCGUUUCUUCCCGGAGUCCACGUUAAGAGCAGGGCCUUGUGCCGAGCAUUGAGGGGGUAUCCAAAGGAGAGUAAGACACAGGCCGGGCCCCCACGCACAUCACAGGCUAGUUGGGGAGGUUAACCAGCGACGUGAGCAUGCUACAUUCAAGGCUUGUCCCCACACUACCAAGAGCUAUAUUGGAAGGGAAGUGGCCCUGGAUUCCAGCUGCAGACACUCUUCUUGAUCCUCGCUACCUAUUUCAGCAACGAGCUUCUCCAAGGCCUCUCUCCCUUAGCUGUGCACAAUGUUCAAAUCAUCAGGAACCUAAACAGAAAAGAAACCUUUCUGAGAAAAAGCUGAAACGGUAUUUUGUGGAUCAUCGAAGAGUGUUUGUGACUGGAGGCAGUGGAGGCAAUGGGAUGAGUUGUUUUCAUAGUGAGCCCAGAAAAGAAUUUGGUGGACCUGAUGGAGGAGAUGGGGGAGAUGGUGGUCAUGUUAUUCUGAAAGUUGACAAGCAUGUCAGAUCAUUAUCUUCAGUCCUUUCAGUGUAUCGGGGGUUUGAUGGAGAGUCUGGUGGAAGCAAAAACUGUUAUGGGCGUAAUGGAGAUUGCCUCUACAUUAGAGUUCCCCCAGGCACUCUGGUUAAAGAGGAAAAUGAAAUUGUAGCUGAUCUUUCUCAGCCAGGUGAUGAAUAUAUUGCAGCUUUGGGGGGAGCUGGAGGAAAAGGCAAUCGCUUUUUUUUGGCUAAUGACAAUCGAGCUCCAGUAACUUGUACCCCUGGGCAACGGGGUCAAGAAAGAGUACUCUAUUUGGAACUCAAGACUAUGGCUCAUGCAGGAAUGGUGGGAUUCCCCAAUGCUGGAAAAUCAUCACUUCUUAGAGCUAUUUCCAAUGCAAAACCUGCUGUGGCUUCUUAUCCAUUUACUACUUUAAAUCCCCAUGUAGGUAUUGUUCACUAUGAAGGCUACCAACAAGUGGCAGUAGCUGACAUUCCUGGUAUAAUAAGAGGAGCUCAUCAAAACAGAGGCUUAGGUUUUGCUUUUCUGAGACACAUCGAGCGAUGCCGCUUUCUGUUGUUUGUGGUGGAUCUCUCGAUGGCAGAACCGUGGACUCAGCUUGAGGAUUUAAAAUAUGAGCUAGAGAAAUAUGAAGAAGGCUUGUCAGAGCGACCGCAUGCAGUCAUUGGAAAUAAGAUUGACCUUCCUCAGUCUAAAGUCAAUUUUCCCCAACUUCAGGCUCGAUUAGAACAAAAGGUCAUCCCCUUGUCAGCAUUGACUGGAGAGAACCUAGAGGAAUUGCUGUUGCAUUUGAAAGAAUUGUAUGAUGAUUAUGUAGAGACUGAGUGCAAACAGGGGCGAGAGCCACUGAAUUGGUAGUGAUUGAAGCUAAACAAGCAUUGGUUAUUGAAGGAAAAAAUCCUAGAACUGUUGGAAAGUUGAAAGUGGGAAUAAGGGUGAGAGCAUCAAGGGCAAUGAAAGUGAGGACUACUGCAUCAAUAAAAUGUAAUUAAUUUGUUGUUG